AUUCAACUUGAAAAGGAGACUUUAUGUUUUUGAACUCAACUUGAAAAUGACACAAGAUGUUCUGGAAUUCAAAAGAGUAAAAUCUUGUCAUAUCACCUAUUUAAAAUAUUAUAAAAAUGUAAUAAAGAAGUUGACUGUUUUAUUUGUGGUUUAGAAUAGCAUGGAUUUUAGCACUACUCAUUUAGAAAGCAUUCAAGUCACUAAAUUGGCUCAACGUUCCGAGAAGUUAAUGAAAUCGAUGAAAGCAUUCAGAGAAAGGAUCGACAAAUUGAAACGAAGAUGUGAAAACAAGAACAAGCUGUCAAAGUCUUUGCAGGAAAAACCGACAAAAGCGUUAGAUACAAGUCCAGCAAUGUCAAAACGAAGAACUAGAACAGCCGAAAGGCGUAUAUUCACAGUAGAUCCUGAUCGACUCGGAGCCAGAGAAGAGAUACUGUUGGUUGAAACGACAUCGGCAUUUCAAGUUCAGCAAAAGCCAUCGAAGGUUUAUGAAAUUGUAGCACCGCCAAUUGGAAUGGAAUCAGAAGUAAAAGAAAGCAAGGUAUAUGAUCACACAACGUUUGUAUUAGAAGAGACCGAAAAAGUUUUGAAUACAACACGGUUGGAGGCAGAUAAUUUGUCAUUCUCACAAUAUUUGGGUGUGGACAUUUGGGUGCACCUUGGGAAGCAGCUCAUUGCCAAUGUGGACAAAUCUGAAGUCUCUUCUGCUGUGCCUGUUCGAACAUUACUGACGAGGGUGAAACGAGGCGAUUGGAAGAGUCGCUUUGAGCAGUUACUACGUAAACAAGAACUGCUGUCUCUGGAUCAGUUUCUCAAGCUCGACGCAGAAUUGAAGCAUUCCAGUACUCGGUACGACAUUGCAUUUGAGACUCCUUCAAAAAGAAAGCGUCGGUUCAAGGUGUGGUUGAAUAAAGAUGAACCUACAAAUACCAGCAGAGAAGAACAAAUUCCAGGCGUCUUUUAUCCAGAAGAAACAUCUCCUGGUCUUGGAUCUACCGCACUUAGAGUGGGUUGUGGCAUUCUAUGUUCUCCGUACGAUUCCAGGCUGACAGCAGACAUCGCUCUACCAGGAUAUCCAUUUGAUUGUCGUUUACUCGUGAAAACAGGAAUUGCUGACAGUAGCGAUCGAACCCCAAACGAGAAGAAGGAAGACUCAAUUUUGAGUGAGACUUUCCUAGAGAAAAUUCGUGUUAUUAACGGAAAUCUACUUGUUCCUCCAAAACGACGAAUACCUGCUGAAUACAAGCAACUAUUCCACAGAAAGUGUGAACGACGGACUUACAAAGUCAAUUUUGGUUUUGAACUGACCGUUUCAAAAGAGAGGGAAAUACAUCCGAAGUCUAGGGCGCCGGACAAGAUCGAUCUUCACAUUCACAGCACUUCGUGUGAUGAUAUGCUUCAACAGAAACAAGGACGUGACUGGAAGCCUCAAGAUGUUCUUAGAUGUAUUCCAGAAAUGUUGAAAUUUACAAAGGACCUGCAUCGUUAUUUCUAGAAUUGACUAGGACUCUAUCUAUGUUGAUGUAGAAACGUUCCCAAGCAAAUAAAUUGAAAAUUCAAA